GUAUAAAAGACCUAACGCACCGCUGGCCAGCAUUCAGUAGCUAUCUAGCAGUCUGACAAGAAGUGCAAGAUGAGAUUUCUGAUCGCUUUCGUCGCCAUCCUCGGCUAUGCCUCGGCCUCGGCCAUCCUCCCCCUCGGCCUCGGCAUCAACGCCGGCGACGCGCAAGCGGCCGCCAUUGACGCCACCGUGGCUGCGCAGGAUCAUGCGCGCGCGGCGCUAGAAGGCAACCUCAGAGCCAAUGAGGCCGCCGUACAGUGGAACACAGAGGCCGUGCGUCAGUCCGCUGAGGCCGCUAGGGAUAUCAAUGAGAACGCUUACUGGAACGGUGUUGCUGCCUCUCAGAACGUGGUCGCCGCCGCCCAAUCGCAAGCCGCCGCUCUCAGCGGAGUAGCCGCCGGCCGCGCUGGCCUCCUCGGCGCUCACAUCGCCCCCAUUGCCCCCAUCGCCCCCUACGGAGCGUGGGGCGCGCCCCUCAUUGGAGGCCUCGGCAUCCAUGGCGCCGCCCUCCGCGCGUGGUAAACUAACAGCGAUGACGCUAACCAGGGCCUUGGAAUGUUUUGUUUAAACAUUCUAAAGGAUGUGUCAACUAAGAACCUGUAGGCUACAUCAUGAUUUGAUUUAGGUCUUUGACACACUGUGAUAUAAAUACGCGGAUGUUAAAUGCCUAUGGAGGAACCUGAUCUUCAACAGGAUAUGCUAUCACAUCGAAAGACUGAAGAAAAAACGCAUGUUUAUAUCGCAAAUGUGUAUAGGCUUUUUACGAUCAAAUUAUGAUGUAUUUAUAGAACUUCAAUGAAUAAUAAUGUUAUAAAGUUAAAAUCACUGUAAACUUCACCAUAUUCGCAAUUGAGUACUAGUCCUUUUACUUAACCGUAUUAUGGUGAGUCUAUAGUGGACUUUAUAUUAUAAGGUUCUUUCUCUGGUUAGCUAUAACGGACUGGAUUUAAUAGGAAACUGAUGCUCAACGGAAAACAAACGGUCUCAUUUAGUAACUCUCUUUGUAGAUACCAUAAUGCCAUCACUGCCAAAGUGUAAAUAAAUACACAUUUUUAAGACGA